AAUCCCCAAAUGACAAAGAAAGAACUACUAUGGAUGAUUAGAGCACUGUCCCAUGGCACCUCAAUCCUGUCAUCCUGGAGGCUGACCAGGAGCAGGGGCUGGACAUCCAGAAGAGAAAGUCCCUGAGAAAAAGAAAGGUAUAAAGGUGUCUGGAACUGGGUUACAGUUUCUUCCGAUUGAAUGCAUCCUUUGAAUACUGUUUGGCCUAUCAUGCAUAUGUGCAUCUCUACCUCGGACAAGACACUGCUGAAUCUGUAAGAGAUGCCACUGCCACUACUACCCCAAAGCUCCAAACCCAAGACUAAGAAAUCUUCAUCCAGCAAAAUUGUGCCCAGUGAUCAUAGCCAAUAUGAAAAGAGGGGAGAGAAUUACCAAGCAAAGAUAUCUCCAUCUUCACCUCAAGGAGCACUCAAAAAGAGAUCAGCUUUUGAAGAUCUCACCAAUAUAUGCCUUGGGAUGAAUCACGAGACCCUGUACUUGGCAGUGAAGCUGGUGGAUCACUACCUAAUGGAGGUAGUAUGCAAGAAGGAUAAGUUACAACUCCUUGGUUGUGCUGCUUUUCUGAUUGCAGCAAAAUUCGAGGAGCCCCGUCCACCUAGUAUGGAUGACUUCCUGUACGUGUGUGCUGAUGUUUACUGUCGAGAUGAGAUGUACGCCAUGGAAAUCAGCAUCCUGCAAGCUCUCAAAUUUGACAUCAACAUUCCCGUGGCAUAUCAUUUUCUGCGCAGAUACGCAGUGUGUAUCCGUACCAGCAUGAAGACCGUGACAUUGUCCCGCUUCAUCUGUGAGAUGACCCUGCAGGAAUAUGACUAUAUCCAGGAGAGGGCUUCCAAGCUAGCCGCUGGCUCCUUCCUCCUGGCCCUCUACAUGCAGAAGCUCCCACGUUGGAUUCCUACCCUGGAGUAUUACAGUGGCUACAAGGCCUCUGAGCUUCACCCAUUGGUCAGGCGGCUGAACAUCCUGCUGACUGUGUGUUCUCGUGGUGGGCUCAACACUGUGUAUUCCAAGUAUUCUCACCCGGUCUUCUUUGAAGUUGCCAAAGUACCGCCUGUGGACAUAUUGAAGCUGGAGAAGAUAUUGGACCGCUAA